UUUUAUUUCAGUCGCUAAGUAUUCUUCAGAUGUGAGAGAUCACGUCUGACCCUAUGUCAGUUUACUAUUUUCUAAAGAAAUCUUACUUUUGUUGUGAAAAUCUUUUUAACUGCCACUAUGAUUGCCCCAAUCGAUUUUGACAAUCUUGAUGAUUCGGAUCAAAGUAUACCAAUAGGACAUACUCGAAAACGUAUCCGUAGGAUCUCAUCAAGCGAAGGCAGCGAAGUUGAUCAGUGUGGCAGUUUUAGAGAUGAAGAUCACAUCUGGAAAGCAAAAAAUUAUAUGCCAAUUAUACAUGACUUUUCAAGUGUGGUUGGUGCAACUGUUAAUACGCAAAAUCUGUUGAGGAGAACAGUUUUUGAAUUAUUUUCUAACGAAGAAUUAGUUACAAAACUAGUUACAGAAACAAAUAAACAUCGAGAAACAGACGCAAAUUUUAUGCCUCUUACAGAAAAUGAACUAAAAGUAUCUAUUGCUUUAAACAUUUUAAUGAAUUACUUUCUAAGCUAA